AUGUCACAUUACGCCUUCCUUAAAUUUCAUCCGAUCGAGUUAAAAAUUCUAUUAGAGGGUUUUCAGUAUUAUUCCUAUAACUCGACCAGGAAAGGUCUUAAAAAAUUUCGUAAAAAUUAUAUCUGCGGAAUGACUUUGAGGACAUCUGUGUCAUAUGCAUCAUAUGCUACACCAGUUAAACGGACGGCUAUGUCCGACGGAGCUGCCAAUGGUGGUAAUGGUGGAGCAGUCGGAGGUGGUACUGGUGGAGCACUCGGCGGUGGUGCUGGUGGAGCAGCUGGAGCUAGUGCUGGAGGAGCAGUAGGGGGUGCUCUCGGGAGUGCAGUUGGAGGUAUUUUGGGUGGAUCAGAGGGAAGUAAACUUCUAGGUGGUUUAGGUUCAGCUGCCCUGGGUGGUUUAGGAGGCGUUAUUGGUGGAGCAGUUGGAGGAGCUCUUGGCGGUGGUAUGGGUGGAGUUUUGGGUGGCGGUCUUGGUGGCGGUGUCAAACCAAAUCCCUGUUCAAGUCGUACUCUAUGUCUGAAUAAUGGUGUAUGUAAACCUAAUGGAGAGACAUACAUUUGCGUAUGUCCAAAAUCCUAUUCAGGAAUGAAUUGUCAAGAACAUAAUUCUGGCAGAGACACAGAAGAAUUGGACAAUAUUAUUAGUGGUUCACAGAUGCAUUAUGAUCGUACAGUAGAAAAAGUUUUAGAGCGAAACAAAGAUUGGACCGAAAUGCUCGUGGUUGCCGAUGUAACCAAGAAUAUGGAGGCAUGCGAUGCUUCUAUUUAUUUAUGGUUGAAAUUGAAUGCUUUAAGUAAUAAUCGAGCUUUAUAUUAUGUAUUCUUUAAUGACGGUAAUAAUAAACGAACUGCAGAGAAAAUAAUUGGAUCAACUGGUGGAAUUUAUGGUACAAAUUCUUCGGAUUUGAAUGUUAUUCUUGAGACAAUGAAAGCGGGAAUAAAAAAUGGAGAUGGCGGUGAUAUUCCAGAAAAUGAUAUUGAAGCAAUCAUGCGUGGAAUAAAAGAUUGUCCCAGAUGUAAAUCAGUUGUUCACAUAGCUGACAAUUCUGCUACACCAAGAGAUUUAAUACUGUUAGAUCAAGUUAAGUUACCCGUUAAAGUAAUUGUUUGUGGAGCCAAAACCAAAGAAGAUGUUAAUCCAGGAUUAAUUUACAUAGCCGAUAAAACACAUGGAUCAAUUCAUACAAUGAAAGAAGAUAUUUUAUCUGUAGCAGAUCAGUUUCGUGGGAAGACUGUCAAAAUUGGAAGUGACAUUUAUGUACUUGGUUCUAGAGGUUUCAAAAAAGUUGAAACAUUGUAA